AUGGUCGACAGAGCACACAAGCCCUCAGCACUUACCCCCAGCACCACUGGCCCUCAGCCUACCGUCCACUCGGAUGGCAAGAAGGUGACUGCCAGCCUGCCCAGCGGCGAUUCGGUUGAGGUCAUGCUGUACGGCGCCACGGUCAUCUCGUGGAAGAACAAUGGCAAGGAGAACCUGUGGUUGAGCUCCAAUGCCCACAUGGACGGCAAGAAGGCCAUCAGAGGUGGUGUCCCUGUCGUCUUCCCUAACUUUGGCCCUGCACCCAAGAACCACGCUACUUCAGCCCUCCCUCAACACGGUUUCGCUCGCAUCUCCAACUGGGAGUACCUUGGUACCACUUCGUCAGAGUCGGGCAACCAGAAGGGCAGCGACGACUCCAUCCGCCUUGACUUUGGCCUGACAUCCAACAACCUCAGCGAUGAAAUGAAGAAGGCAUGGCCCUACGACUUUAGCCUGCAGUACAGCGUCACUCUGUCCAAGGACGGUCUGCAGACCAUGCUCAACGUCCGCAACCAGGGCGACAAGCCUUUCGACUUCCAGACCCUCUUCCACACCUACUUUGCCAUUCCUGUAAGCAAUUCACCACUACUUGUCUUUCUCAUCAACAUCAUACUAACAAGCUCAUCCAGNGACAUCUCCAAAGUCAAGGUCACCGGCCUCUCGGGCGUCAGAUACAUCGACAAGAUCCUCAACGCAACCGAGCACGACUCCAAGGGCAACGAGCUCCGCAUCGAAAGCACCGUCGACCGCGUUUACAAGUCCUUCACUCAAGACACAACCUCGAUCCUCGUCGACGACAAGCCCCGUCUAGACGUCAUCAGAGACAACAUGCAGGACACUGUCAUCUGGAACCCUUGGAGGGAGGGUGCUGAGGCCAUUGCCGACUUUGAGCCCAAGGACGGCUACAAGAACAUGAUCUGUGUCGAGGCUGGCGCUGUCAAUGGCUGGAUCACUUUGGAGGCCCAGGAUGGCUUCGAGGCUGGUCAGGCGCUCAAGAGCCACCUGUAA